AUGGCCUACAGUGCACCUUCCCCUGGGAACUCGUCCGAAUUGUUGGCCCCGUCGCUCUGCCUCAACCCUGACGCUAUGGCAGACCUGGCCCCUGUCCAACCCACAACCAACAACCUCCUCCCCGCAUCCUUCCCAACUCUUUCCUGGUCUGAACAGUCCUCUGCACGAGACAAGGCCUCCAAGUCUGCAAAGAGACUGUGCUACCGACACCGGCCAGACCUACGAUCCAAAAGGGCUGCUGAUGGUAUCCAGCUCGAAGAGCUGCAGCAGGACAUGGAACAGCUCCCUCAGCAAGACCAGCGAAUCAUCUCUCACAUUUGGUCCCUCUUUGGGUCCGCACCAGCAGCCCAUCGCCAGCUCGUGCUCAGCGGCCUUCUCACCCAAUGCUGUGUGCCUCAGCUUUCCUUUCUCUCGAACCAUCUCCAACCCCUGCUCAGGAUCGACUUUUUGACCAUCCUUCCACCAGAAAUCGCUCUUCGCAUUCUUUCUCAUCUCGACGCUACCUCACUCUGCCAUGCUGCCCAAGUAUGCAAGAGCUGGAGGCGACUGGCGGACGACGACGUGGUAUGGCACCGCAUGUGCGAGCAGCACAUUGGACUUAAAUGUACAAAGUGCGGCUGGGGCCUGCCUCUACUUGACAAGAAAAAAGUUCGAACAAGACGCCAUCUGGAACAGCAGCAGCAACAACAACAACAACAACAAUCCUCGUCGCAAGGCAGCCAGGAGGAGAUCGAUGCAGGAACGCAUGCAUACGGGGCGUAUAUUCCAUCGCACCCAACACCCCCUCCUUCACUGUCUCCUACCGAGGAGCGAUCAUCAUUCAACUUGACAGGUAGACGCCGCAGCCUAUCAAGCGACAUUGAGACUGAAGACCGUUCACCAAAGCGCCCAAGACAUGAUACCCGUUCACCAUCUCCUGGAUACGAAGGAUCCAGCAGCCGUCCAACACCACUAUUCCAAGCACCGGAGCCGCCAGUCAAGCCCACUGGAACAACGAAGCGGUUAUGGAAGGACAUUUAUUCGGAGCGAUUGAUUGUGGAGCGUAACUGGAGGAAACGAAAUUUCAAGGUCAAAGAGUUUCGAGGCCAUACGGACGGCGUGAUGUGUCUUCAGUUCGACGACUCCUUCCUCAUCACUGGAUCCUACGACAAUACUGCCAAAGUAUGGAAUAUCGAGACGGGUGAAUGCCUCCGCACAUUGACCGGACAUGCGCUUUGCGUACGAGCACUCCAUUUUGACGAAGCAAAACUCAUCACCGGCUCUAUGGACAGGACUCUCAAGAUCUGGAACUACCACACUGGCCAGUGCAUUCGCACGCUUCAGGGACACACGGACGGCGUCGUCACCUUGGAUUUCGACUCCCGUAUUCUCGCCUCUGGAUCAGUCGACUCGACCAUCAAGAUCUGGAACUUUGCUACGGGCGAGUGUUCAACUCUCAAGGGACACAGCGGCCUCGUCAACAAGGUCCAGAUUUACAAGAAGACGCUGCUCUUUUCAGCGAGCGACGACACGACCGUCAAGUUGUGGGAUAUCGCAACAAGAACAUGUCUCAGGACGUUCACUGGACAUAUCGGCCGCGUGCAGUCGCUCCAGACAUCUGGGGACGCACUCAUCUCCAACCUAGCUAAUCGCAGACAUAACUUGUCAAGGGCUAUUGAAGGCGGUCACCAAUCGCCCGCGUACGACAGUGGCUCUUCUGAUAACGAGACCCGAACCAUGAUGCCAAUCAUUGUCACCGGUGGUCUGGAUAACACGCUCAAGGUGUGGAAUGCUGAGACAGGUGAGUGUCUGAACACCCUCUUCGGACACGAGGAAGGCGUCUGGUCCCUGGCAUUUGACAAGCUGCGAAUCGUCUCAGGCAGUCUUGACAAGACUAUCAAGGUGUGGGAUACGGAGACUGGCGACUGCCUCUAUACCUUGCCUGGGCUGAACAGCCCAGUAACGUGCGUCGACCUUGGAGACACUCGAGUCGCAGGUGGAUCGUUCGAUGGUACCGUCUUUGUGUGGGACUAUGGGAUUACCCGUGGUACAGUAGCUAGCCAACCUGCAUAA